AUGUCUGGAGUACACGGUGAUGUUCAAAAAAAAAUUCAAGAAAAGUCUUGGAUCGAAAUGAAAAGAGUUGACAUUUUGAAAGUACUCUUUGCUGUGCUUGAUUCUGUAAUUGAAAAUGUUAUUCGUCGUUUUUCUAAUCAAAGUUUAGAGCUUGCUCAUUCUGUCGACAAUUUUUUCCUUGAUUUUAAAUAAAGCAAAUUAUUUAUUAACCAUUAUAAAGAUCAGGUAUUAGGAGAUCCAGAGAAAAUGGCAAGUAUCAUAAAUGAGGCUACUUUUCCAAAAUUAUACAAGCUCCUUGGUGUUGCAAAUACUCUGCCAAUAAGUAGUGCAACUUGUGAAAGAUUAUUUUCCGCGAUGAGGCGAGUUAAAACAUGGCUAAGUAUGUUACAAGAACGAUAUACAAAUUUAUCCAUUAUACAUAUUGAACGAGACAUACCAAAUAAUAUUGAUAGAGAACAAUUUUUAGACAAUUUUAUAAAUAUCCACACAGAACUAACAAUGUUUGUGAAGACUGGAACAAUAGGUUUUCCGAUUUACCAACUCAUCGGCAUUGAACAUCUCAGUAUUUGGAAAUUACUAAUAAAAAAGUGUCAAGAAGUUGGAACGGACUAG